AUGUCCUGCCACCUGCACCAGCACCUCCCUCCGCUCUACCAGGACCCCGUGGCGCUGUCCCCUGGCGUCCCCUUCCCGCCUCAGCGGUGGCACUCCACCACCUGCAUCCCCCAGGCCGUGCCCGGCCAGGUGCCCCUGCAGCGGGCGAUGUCCUCCAGCGUGUGCCAGCAGCAGAGUGUCACCCAGGCCGUGCCACCCCGCCAGCUCCACGGACCCCCCUGCGUGCCCCAGCGCCUCCUGCAGCAGCAGAUUGUCCCCAGGCGGGUGACAACGUGCGUGCCGCCGCAGCAGCGCGUCACCCAGUGCGUGCCGCAGCAGCUGCGGGUGCCACAGCACUGCCCGCCCGUCCCCCAGCAGCAGAAGAUUGUCCCCAGGUGCGUCACCACCUGCGUGCCACAACAGCGCGUGGCGGGCGUCGCGGGCGUCACCGGCGUCACCCAGUGCGUGCCGCAGCAGCUGCGGGUGCCACCGCCCGAGUGCGUCCCCCAGCAGCAGAAGAUUGUCCCCAGGUGCGUCACCACCUGCGUGCCGCGGCCGCCGUGUGUCACCAAGGGUGUCCCGCAGCACCAGAGUGCCACCAGGUGCGUCCCCCAGCAGUGUGUGACCAGCGUCUGUCCCCAGCAGGGUGUCCCCAGGUGUGUCACCACCUGUGUCCCCCAGCAGCGCGCGGCCCGCGGCGUCUCGUACCAAUGGGUGACAGCGCCUGUCCCCCAGCAGUGGCAGAGUGUCACCGCCGGUGUCCCCCAGCAGUGGCACAGCAGGUGUGUCACCAAGUGUGUCCCGCAGCAGUGUGACACCGGCGGGGCCAGCAUUUGUGUCCCGCAGCAGCAGCAGAGCGGGACGGUUUGUGUCCCCCAGCAAAGUGCCACCAAGGGUGUCCCCCAGCAAUGUGGCACAAUUUGUGUCCCCCAGCAGAGUGCCACCAAGGGUGUCCCCCAGCAGUGUGUGACCAAGGGUGGCCCCCAGCAGUGUGUGCCCAAGGGUGGCCCCCAGCAAAGUGCCACCAAAUGUGUCCCACAGCAAAGUGCCACCAAGGGUGUCCCCCAGAAAUAUGGGACAAUUUGUGUCCCCCAGCAGUGCGUGACCAAGAGUGUCACUCAACAGAGUGCCACCAAGUGUGUCCCCCAGCAGUGUGCCACCAAGUGUGUCCCCCAGCAAAGUGUAAAAUGUGUCCCUCAGCAGUGUGGCACAAUUUGUGUCCCCCAGCAGUGUGUCACCAAAUGUGUCCCCCAGCAAAGUGCCACCAAGUGUGUCCCCCAGCAGUGUGUGACCAAGAGUGUCACUCAACAGUGUGUCACCAAGUGUGUUCCCCAGCAGAGUGCCACCAAAUGUGUCCCCCAGCAAUACGGGACAAUCUGUGUCCCCCAGCAGUGUGUCACCAAGUGCGUCCCCCAGCAAAGUGCCACCAAGUGUGUCCCCCAGCAGUGUGUGACCAAGAGUGUCACUCAACAGAGUGCCACCAAGUGUGUCCCCCAGCAAUACGGGACAAUCUGUGCCCCCCAGCAGUGUGUCACCAAGUGUGUCCCCCAGCAAUCUGGUGGAGUGAAGAUCUCCAGCCACUCCAAGAAAUACUGCUCGGCCCCCAAGUGGCCCUGGUGA